GUGCAAGUGCGAGUGCGAGUGAGAUUGAGAUUUGAGAAACAGAGAGCAGACAAUAAACACAAUACACGUUGCAGUUGCGCAGUUCCCCUCUCAAUCCUUCACUCAUCAAUCAUCACCACUUUCUCUCUCUCAGGGAUUUCGAUACUAUAUUCGUGUUCAUUUCAAGCAAGCACCAGGGUCAGGGUCAGGGUCAGGGUGAGCGUGGUUCAGCUUCAGCACAAUGACAGAACCUUCUAAGGUCAUUCACGUUCGCAAUGUGGGCCCCGAAAUAUCUGAAUUCAAGUGCCCCACAAAAGGAAAACCAUUUUUAUACAUGCAUAUGUCAAAGGUGUUUAUGGAUGAAUGAUUUGCUUCAGCUAUUCCAGCCAUUUGGAGUCAUAACUAAGCUUGUGAUGCUUCGAGCAAAAAAUCAGGCUCUUAUCCAAAUGCAAGAUAUUCCUUCAGCAGUUAAUGCUCUGCAAUUCUAUGCAAACGUCCAGCCAAGCAUAAGGGGGAGGAAUGUUUAUGUCCAGUUCUCAUCACAUCAGGAACUAACAACAAUGGAUCAAAACACUCAAGGACGAGGAGAUGAGCCAAAUCGAAUUCUUCUAGUUACAAUUCACCACAUGCUAUAUCCAAUAACAGUGGACGUGCUGCAUCAAGUGUUUUCUCCGCAUGGAUUUGUGGAGAAGAUCGUCACUUUUCAGAAGUCAGCUGGCUUUCAAGCCCUCAUUCAGUAUCAAUCACGUCAGAGUGCUGUUGUAGCUAGAACUGCACUUCAGGGACGUAAUAUUUAUGAUGGUUGCUGUCAGCUGGACAUUCAGUACUCGAACCUUGACGAGUUACAAGUAAACUACAAUAAUGAGCGUUCAAGGGAUUUCACAAACCCAAAUCUACCUACAGAACAUCAAGGCAGAUCAUCACAACCUGGGUAUGGGGAUGCAGGAGGCAUGUAUGCCCUUCAAGCUACUGGGCGGGCAGUUCCAUUUCCACAGAUGGCCAAUACAGCAGCCAUUGCGGCUGCCUUUGGAGGAGGUUUGCCUCCUGGAAUAAGUGGGACAAAUGACAGGUGUACAGUCCUUGUUUCCAAUCUCAAUCCUGAUAGAAUAGAUGAGGAUAAGCUCUUCAAUCUUUUCUCUUUAUAUGGAAACAUUGUGAGAAUUAAACUUCUCCGCAAUAAACCAGAUCAUGCACUCAUUCAGAUGGGUGAUGGCUUGCAGGCUGAACUGGCAGUUAACUUUUUGAAGGGAGCAAUGCUAUUUGAGAAGCCAAUGGAGGUGAACUUUUCAAAGCAUCCAAAUAUAACCCAAGGUGCUGACACCCAUGAGUACAUAAACUCAAAUCUCAACCGCUUCAACCGUAAUGCUCAAAAGAAUUACCGCUACUGCUGCUCCCCCACAAAAAUGAUACACCUAUCUACUCUCCCCCAGGAUCUCACUGAGGAGGAGAUUGUGAGCCACUUGGAAGAACACGGCACCAUUGUCAACACUAAGCUUUUCGAAAUGAAUGGGAAGAAGCAGGCCCUGGUUCUGUUUGAAACUGAGGAGCAGGCUACUGAAGCCCUUGUGUGCAAGCAUGCUACCUCAGUUUCUGGGUCCAUAAUCCGGAUUUCCUUUUCCCAGUUACAGGCUAUAUAAGAGAACUUGUAAUAGAAGGAUAACUGGGUAAGGAUCCUUAAGCCUAUUGGGGUAAGGAUAUUAUGUGCUGCUGAUGGUUUCUACACUUUUCUUAUAAUGUGGUUUUGAUUGCUUUUGUACUGGUGGGACAUACUGUUUGAAUUUCUUUAAUUAUCCAUCUUUCUCAUCUACAGUCCUUGUACCAAUGAUUGUUUAGGUUCCUUCAAUAGUGGGGGUAGAUUUCUGACUGCACAUAGGCACAGUUUUAAGAGUAGGACUUAGGAAGAAAGAGUGAAAGAGAAUAUUACCUUUUCAGGUAGAGGGAUCUCUUAUGUAUCUUUGUUGUAUAUGUCUUUGUAAUUCAGGCUAAUCGGGCCAUGUCUGUUGUAUCUUAAUGCCCCUUUUUCCCGUCAGUUGAGGGAUGAGCAA